AUGCCAAGUAGCAAGCAUCACAGCCCACGCACGCCAUUGUCAACUGCACAUAGUGAGUUGGAGGAAACAGCCGGAGUAACUGACCCCAGCCCCCUCCGUGGAGCCUCAGUGGAGUCUCGGCCCGUGCACUCCCACAAUCUCGCAAUCUCCCAACCGCUCGAACGCCGAGGGCUCAGAGAGCAUCCUCUGGCACGCACGCCCAGCACUCACGAAGUCACGAACGUAUGGUUAAGUUUACACGUGCGGUUAACCAUCCCCAGCUAUCCCACUUCCAAGCUAAGCAGAGCGACAUCCUGUCCUGCCCUCCUCGCCGCUCUCGCCGCUCUCGCCGCUGCUCUUUGA